UGGCAGCAGACGAAGAACAUUGUGCACAUGCUGCAUACAAGAGGCGCCAUCUAAUGUUAGAAAUCUAUGUGGGGUGAAGCAGACAAGUUUAAAAAAAUCGUAAUGUAGUUAGCAAAUUCGUCCAUAUCCUUUAAUAGAAUCAACAGCGAUCAACAGAAUAGUGUGCUUGUGAUAGGCUGUGAUAGUAGAUUCUCAUGUAAACCAUUUUAUGUGAAUAUUGUGGAACUUUUCAUUCACCGUUUGUAUAAUACAGAAGAUGGCCUUAUUUGUACAGAUAACAAAGAGGAGCCUGUGUUCUGGCUUCCGCGCACUUUCCACUCUGCCUCACCCUGCAGCAACCGAAGGAAGACAGUCCCGUGGAUUCUGGUUCGAACUCAACGAUACCCAGAAGGAGUUGCAAGAAUUGGCUCGAAAAUUCUCUAGAGAAGAGAUUGUUGUGAAGGCUGCUGAAUAUGAUCGGACCAUGGAGUACCCCUGGGAUAUUAUGAAGAAGGCAUGGGAACUUGGCUUAUCAAAUUGCCACAUCCCUCAGCACUGUGGUGGUCUGGAGCUGUCAUGUUUCGAUGAGUGUCUGAUUGCAGAGGAAGUUGCAUACGGCUGCACAGCCAUUGCAACUGCAAUGGGGGCUUCAAACUUAGGUCAAGCUCCGCUGGUAGCAGCUGGAAGUAAGGAGCAACAGAAGAAGUUCUUAGGAAGGCUGGUAGAGGAGCCACUUGUUGCAGCAUAUGCAGUCACAGAACCCGGAGCAGGGUCAGAUGUAAAUGGAGUAAGGACUAGAGCAGAAAAGAAAGGAGAUGAAUACAUCAUAAAUGGUCAGAAGAUGUGGAUUACAAAUGGGGGCGUAGCCAGCUGGUACUUUGUUCUGGCACGAACAAACCCUGACCCCAAGUGCCCUGCUAGUAAAGCAUUCACUGGUUUCAUUGUGGAUCGAGAUACACCAGGGCUUACACCAGGAAGGAAGGAACUCAACAUGGGUCAACGCUGUUCUGAUACAAGGGGAAUCACAUUCGAAGAUGUCCGCGUGCCUAAAGAGAAUGUUCUUCUGGCUGAAGGAGCAGGCUUCAAGAUUGCCAUGGCGGUCUUUGACAAGACACGACCUCCAGUUGCAGCUGGAGCUGUAGGGCUGGCACAGAGGGCACUAGAUGAAGCUAAAAAGUAUUCGUUGGAAAGGAAGACUUUUGGCGUGCCAAUCGCAAACCACCAGGCUGUUUCCUUCAUGCUUGCUGACAUGGCAAUUGGUAUUGAAACAUCACGUCUUGCUUGGAUGCGGGCCGCAUGGGAAACAGAUCAGGGCCGGAGAAACACUUACUAUGCUUCCAUUGCAAAGGCCCAGGCUGGAGACGUGGCCAACAAAUGUGCUACCGAUGCUGUGCAGAUAUUUGGAGGUAAUGGCUUUAACACUGAGUACCCAGUAGAAAAACUGUGUCGAGACGCUAAAAUUUACCAGAUAUAUGAAGGCACAGCUCAAAUACAGCGACAUAUUAUCUCCAGAGAACUCCUAGAAAAAGCUAAAUAAGGAGUCUGAACAUACACAUUGAUUGCUUUGCACUGUGUGAACAGAGAUAAGCAGAAUGGAGGAGGAACGAAAUCUCAACUGAAAUGUUCCCGUUUCACAUAUGGAUUGUUUAAUUUUGUGUAGCAGGCAGUGGCCAGCAUGACUCUUGACACCUCAGCUGGAGAUGUCUGUAUAUGUAUAUAGUUUUACAUUACCAAAUUUUCUGGGAAUAAUUACUCCCAAGUUUUAAAAUGGAUGAAAGUUUGGGAGAAUGGACUCAUCUGGCUCUAAGUGGGGACGUGGAGAGCUCUUGUGAACAUGGUAAUGAACCUGCAGGUUCUCCAAAAGUCAGCAAAUCUCUAGACUAGAUGAUUGAUUAGUAAGGUUCUCAAAAAGGAUUCUACUUCGUGGGGUUAUUGAGAAUGCAUACACCCAUAUUCUCAGAUGAAUUUUAAUCUGUACUGAAUGAUAUGAAGUGCAAAAGUUCCCCAUUUGUCAUGUUGCAACAGGAAGACGGUUGCUAUUACAGUUUCCUUGCGCUAGCCAGUCGGAAUUACAGGAAACUGAUUUCAAAAGUGUCUAGAUUAAUACGAGUAUCUUCCAGGAUGUGUUGCCUCAUAGUUUAGUACGUAAAUACCACUCAUUUUGGAAGAGCCUUAUGCCUUCAUUUUCAGGAUAGAUGGGGUGACCCUGAAGGUGGAAGUAGCUGGUUCCCUUGAAAUGGUGGUACCUGCCUAUCACACUACACAUUGUCACACCCUACAAUACAGUAAUCUUCACAGUCACUGCUGUGAGAACCUCAGAUCUCGCUCUGAAAGUUUGUAACCCAUUUAUGUCUUGAUAAAUGUCAGUAGUUGAUGCCUCUAUGAAAAUCUGACAUAUUAGCACCAGAUAAAUAAAAAAUAAUGCCUACAAGUUAGAUGGUAAUGGAGAAAAAGCGAACAAAAGUUCCCCCAUCUGGCUGCUAAAAUUAUAGUGACUCAGACAGCAGGUUUAUCUAAAUAGAGGAGAUUGUGUCGAGAUAUAUUUGGACCAGGCAAAGAAUGAAUGUAAGAAACAAUAAUACAGUAGAAGUACCUUCUGCACCAAAGAGGGAGGCAGUAUCUUCAAAAAUGUUGGUAGCCACCUACCAGGCUACACAUCCCAGAAGAUAGUCUUAAUAUUCGGCACUGAGAGAACCUCAAAUCUCAUAUGAAUUCAUGUGUAUUGUGUAUGGAAGUUUGUGGUCAUUUCCAGGUGAGUGUUGAGAAACUUUGUAACCAUCUGGUUUCAUGUUAUUGUAGCAGUGUAUUACUAUUGUUCUGAUGAUACACUGAUUUUUGUUUUAUAUAUUGUGUGCGUGUGUGUAUAGAAAUAUAUGAAGUAUUUUUACAAAAUAUAAUUUGUGUUAUACAUUCUGACUCUACAGAGGUGAGAUGAUGUUUAUGUAUAAGUUUUAGCUGUUUAAACAAGGAUAUGAAAAUCAUUCAGAAUUCUUCAUAUAAGGCCAGGGUAUGCAUUCUGAACAAGGGAUUAUCACUGGACAUUACUGUUCCUGCGUCAUUGUGUCUUAGAAUGUUUUGUUGACUCUUAAAUGUGUUACAUUCGGUAUUGAAGAGAUUCAAUCAUUUUACUUGAAACAUUAAGUUUGAACACAGAAAUUGUCAUAAUCCAUGAAUAGAUUUCUGUGAAAUUUAAUGCUGGAUCUUUCAAUCCAUUGGUGAGCAACAUAUUCUCUUAGAUGUUGGGUGCGCUGUCCAAAGAGUUUUAUCAUGUACCCAUGAUGUUACACGAGUAGUCUCUGCCAGUAUUUCAUUUUCUCAUCAACAAAUGACUUUAACCAAAAAGUAACACCUUUCUUGCCAAUAAGCAUGAAAGAAGAUAUAAAAAUAUAAGACAACCUCACCACAGCUGAGACAUUAAAUGCCAACUUUUCACCACAGAGCCUUCGCUCAACCCUGGGCAACUUCAUGUGAGAUUCAUGGUGGACGGAAUGGCACUGGAGUAGGGUUUUCUCUGAAUUUGUUUGGUUUGCCCACACAGAUCAUUCCACGAUUACUUCAUACUCAUUUAUCGUGGCCUCUUGAGGUGUGCAAUAGCACAUUAUCACAUCUCUGGUCUUUAAGUUUGGGGCAUCAACUCUGAUCUGCCACUUCACUGACCACAGAGGAAAGAAUUAGUUUUAGUUUAUUGGCCAGUUAAGAGAACCAGUUCAGUUGAAGGCCAAAUUAAUAGGUUGUUUUCUUAUUCAAUAUUUAGUGCAUCAGUAUGUAUUUAUAGCAGUUUUCUGGGCAUCUUUGACCAAUACAAACAUAAAAGGAGGAAACAGAUAGAUUGAUGUUACUGGUCACAUAUGUAGCAUAGUUUCUGUCACAUGGCCCAUUACAUCAGUCACAUUAAGGUCCCUCAAGUCAUCCAUGAUUGUUUAAGUUGCAUCAGAUGAAUCAAAAUGAGAUCAUUUGAGCCCAUAAAAAUAAUUUUUUAACUCUUAUUAAAACAUUUGUUUCAUUGUAUUUUGUAGUCUUUUACUUGUUUUGGAAAGGCAGAGUGGCCAAUGCUAGUAUAUUAAUAUUCAAAUACAGAGUGACCAAAGUAAUUUUAGUUAUGUGUUAGUAUCCUUUGCAUGCUUUGUUUGGUCACACUUUUUCUUUGCUUGUGUCAGCAGUGUAUUUUUUAUUACAUGUUAUGACUUUGUGUUGCCUAAUUGAUAAAGGACUAUAAAAAAUGUAUUAUUUUCUGCCUGCAAAAACAGAAGCAUGCUUGCAGCUUUUGUUGAUAAAUUCAUGAAUAUGCCAUUGUCAAGGCAAGCAAUCCAGUCUUGUGAAACAGAAGAAAAUCUGCAAUGUGUAGUGUUUACUUCCUUGCAUUGUUUCUAUCUCAUUAAUAUACAGAUCAGUGGAAGUAAUGUCUCCAGUCUCUUCUUUCUUUC